CUCUCACCGGCUAUGGAGUUAUAUCAUUCUCACCCGUCGCCUGCUCCAUGGGAAUCCAUCCCGGCACACUGGGUCAAAGACCUUUGCUCCAUCCCCACUUGAGCUUCCCACUUCUCCAGCUACGGCAAUGUCGCCCCUUCCUCUGCUGUCCCUGCUCCCGCUUCUGCCCUUCUUUCCUCCAUGCACCUCUGCGUCCGCCGCCGUGCAGGGGAACAACCGGAGCGCCAGUGACCCGGUGCUGCAGUCCAUGACCAUGGACCCGCUCGAGAGGGACACCCUGUUCAUCGUGAUGGAGACCAUGUCCUCUGAUAGGGACUGGAGGUCCUCCAACCCUGACCCGUGCGUGCCAGGCUCCUCAUGGCCCGGGAUUGAAUGCAAGCCAGGCUCGGACAACCUGCUCCAUGUCACAAGGCUGGACUUCGGUGCUGUGCCGAACCCAGCCUGCAGGAGGAAUGCCACCUUCCCCUCUGAGGUCUUUCGUCUUCCUUGCCUCCAAUCCAUCUUCUUCUUCGACUGCUUCAAGGGUGCCGAGACCAACCUCUCCCUUCCACCCCCCGCUGAUGACAAAGCGGCCGCAUAUGCUUCUCUGCUACAGCUGAGUCUGAAAUCAAACCCAUCCCUCGUCGGUGCUAUUCCAUCCCACAUCUCCUCUCUCACAUCCCUUCAAGUCCUCACACUCUCACAGAACCAACUCAGCGGUGCAAUUCCUGCCAGCAUCUCCGAGCUAACCUCCCUCGUCCAUCUCGAUCUCAGCUACAACACCCUCACAGGCAGCAUUCCAAGCCACAUAGGCAGACUGAAGGGCCUGAUAGGACUUGACAUGAGCUAUAAUUACCUAAGUGGAACUAUCCCGCCGUCCAUCGGACAGUUAGGCCUUCUUCAGAAGCUUGAUCUGAGCUCCAAUUCACUGGUCGGAAGCAUUCCUGAGAACCUAGGGAGCCUCAGCUUCCUUGUUUUCUUGGCUCUCAGCGACAACAAGCUCAGUGGAGAUUUCCCACGAGGCAUAGACAAGCUCCAAGACCUCCAGUACUUCAUAAUGGACGACAACCCAAUGUUCGUGACCCUGCCAUCGCAGCUCGGCCUGCUAGCUUCGCUUCAAGAGCUUCGUCUCGCCAAUUCAGGUUACACAGGUUCCAUACCAGGGAGCUUCGCUUGGCUAACUAAUCUCACCACUCUCUCCCUCGAGAAGAACAGGCUCACAGGUGGGAUUCCUGCUGGUUUGAGUGCCCUCGGGAAGUUGUACCACCUCAACUUGAGUAGGAAUCUAUUGAGCGGAAUCGUUCCCUUCGGUGUCGGCUUUCUCGAUAGGCUUGGAAAUAACCUGGACUUGAGGGGGAACUCAGGCCUUUGCUACAAUGGGUCCGAGAGCCUUAGGAGCAUUGAUGCCGGUGUCGUUGCAUGUGGAGAUAACAUGGAUAACUCUUCUUCCAUGCCGAAGCCAUUGGACGAGUCAGCUGGAGCUCCAUUUCUGCUCUGCGUCUUCUACUAUCGACUUAUGUGUCUUUUAGUUUUCUGGAUGUGGUGACAUUCUAUACUCUCGAGGAAGUCGAUUGCUCUGUAUACUUUUCAACUGCCGCUUCUUCUUUUUCUUCUGUUUCUCAAGUGGCAAUACGAUCUUCUUCGUAAUC